CGCGCCUACGUUUUCCGGCGUCGGUCGUAGGUGCAAGCAUUGGUGAUGGCAGUAGAUUCGGAGGUUGUCCUUGGCAGGUUUUUCUCGGCGCUUCUCUAUGGAGGAGGCGGUGCACACGGCUUCAGCCCGGAAUGCUCGCACCUUCCACUGGACGGCGACGAAGGCGGUUGCCGUCCGAGCCGAGGACUGGGCGGCCUGUGUGGGAGUGUGAGCCGCGGUGCCCCAGGCAGCGCCCCAGAGGGGAAGCCGCGCGGCAGGCUCUUCUGGCUGUGAUUGACCUUCAGUUACAGAGGGAGCAGAGUGGGACCAGGUCUGAGAAUAGUGAAGCAACUCAUUCCUUUCAGGACAUUCCCUCUGAUGUCCUAUUUUCAAACUGGCCUCUGGAGGAGCCUAAGGUGAUCUCCGCCUUCUCUGGAAAGCAGGCUGGGAAGCAUGUGGUGCACAUCGCUUGCGGGAGCACUUACAGUGCAGCCAUCACUGCCAAGGGGGAGCUGUACACCUGGGGCCAUGAGAACUAACGGCCGGCUGGGCCACGGCUCCAGUGAGGACGAGGCCACUCCGAUGCUGGUAGCUGACCUCAAAGGACUGAAGGUCAUCGAUGUGGUGUGUGGGAGUGGGGACGCUGAAACCCUGGCUGUCACCGAGAACGACAGUGGUGACCCUGGCCAGGAGUGCGGAUGUGCUGAGCAUCGUGCAGUCAGCUGCCCAGGCCAUGCUGCAGAGCGGCUGGUCCGUGCUGCUGCCCACCGUGGAGGAGCAGUCCCAGGCACUCUCUUCUCUCCUGCCCUGUGCAGUUUCAGGCAAUGAAGUGAACAUAAGUCCAGGUCGUCAAUUCAUGAUUGAUCUUCUGGUGGGCAGCUUGAUGGCUGAUGGAGGGUUGGAGUCAGCCUUAUACGCAGCCAUUACUGCAGAGAUCCAGGAUAUUGAAGCCAAAAAAGAAGCACAGAAGGAAAAAGAAAUUGAUGAGCAGGAAGCGAAUGCCUCAACAUUUCACAGAAGCAGGACUCCGUUGGAUAAAGACCUUAUUAAUACGGGGAUCUGCAAGUCUUCUGGCAAACAGCGUUUGCCUCUGGUUCAGCUUAUACAACAGCUUCUUAGGCUGGAGUGCAAUGACGCGAUCUUGGCUCACCGCAACCUCCACCUCCUGGGUUCAAGUGAUUCUCCUGCCUCAGCCUCUCGAGUCGCUGGGAUUACAGGCGUGAGCCACCACACCUGGCUGAUUUUGUAGUUUUAGUAGAGAUGGGGUUUCUUCAUGUUGGUCAGCUUGGUCUUGAACUCCUGAUCUCAGGUCAUCUGCCCACCUUGGCCUCCCAAAGUGUUGGAAUUACAGGCCUGAGCCACCAUGCCCACCCUAUUUAUUUACAUAAUAAUUUUUCUUUUUUCUUUUUUUUCUUUUCUUUUCUUUUUUUUUUUUUUUUUGAGAUGGAGUCUUGCUGUAUUGCCCAGGUUGGACUGCAGUGUCACGAUGUUGGCUCACUGCACCCACCAUCUCCUGGGUUCAAGCAAUUCUCCUUCCUCAGCCUCCGAAGUAGCUGGGACUAUAGGCGUCCACAACCACACCUGGCUGAUUUUUGUAUUUUUAGUAGAGAUGGGAUUUCACCAUAUUGGUCAGGAUGCUCUCAAACUCCUGACCUCAGGUGAUCCACCUGCCUUGGCCUCUGAAAGUAUUGGGAUUACAGGCGUUAGCCACUGUGCCUGGCGUGCAUUUUUUUUUUUUUUUUUUUUUUUUUUUUUGAGACGGAGUCUGGGUCUGUCGCCCAGGCUGGAGUGCACUGGCCUGAUCUGGGCUCACUGCAAGCUCUGCCUCCCAGGUACAUGCCAUUCUCCUGCCUCAGCCUCCCAAGUAGCUGGGACUACAGGCGCCGGCUACCACGCCCAGCUAAUUUUCUGUAUUUUUAGUAGAGUCGGGGUUUCACCGUGUUAGCCAGGAUGGUCUCAAUAUCCUGACCUCGUGAUCCGCCUGCCUUGGCCUCCCAAAGUGCUGGGAUUACAGGCGUGAGCCACCGCGCCCAGCCUGUAUUGUAUUUUAAUGGGUGAUAAUUGGUUUUCAUAUUAAGAUAGUGAAAUCUAGCACAAGAAUCUCAAAAAUGUGUUUGGUGAUUGAAGGAAUAUUCUGAAAAUUACCUAGUAUAGAUGUUAGGAUAAAGAGCAGACCCUUUUAAAUAUAGGUGAGAGGAGAAGUUGGAGGGUAUGAUGAUACUGAAAAGUUUUUCACAGGUCGGGCGUGGUGGCUCAUGCCUGUAAUCCCAGCACUUUGGGAGGCCGAGGUGGGCGGAUCAGGAGAUCGAGAACAUCCUGGAUAACACGAUGAAACCCCGUUUCUACUAAAAAUAGAAAAAUUAGCCGGGCAUGGUGGUGGGCACCUGUAGUCCCAGCUACUCGGGAGGCUGAGGCGGGAGAAUGGCGGGAACCCAGAAGACGGAGCUUGCUGUGAGCAGAGAUUGUGCCACUGCACUCCAGCCUGGGUGACAGAGCGAAACUCCGUCACAAAAAAAAAAAAAAACGAGCGAAAAAGCGGGUGAUUGGUGAAAGAGAUUUAUUAGAAAAUGAAACACGUUUGUACCUCUAUUUAAUAAAAAUGUGCUUUUUGUAAACUUGGGCUCUUGGCUUUAGUUUCUGCACAUAGAGAAAGCAAAGCACUGGCAGGUUGGAUCAGGAAGCCGAGCACAGAGCAGGUAGCCCUGGGCAGUGGCUGCAGCUCUCAGCUGGCCUGUUCAUGGGGCCAUGGUGGGUCUCUGGCGUGGGGUGGGCCUGCGGCAUGGGGUGGGCCUGCUGUCCACAGCCAGAAAAAUGAACUUAGUGGACACACAGUGAAAUUUUGAAACAGCAAGUUUUAGAGCAAGUUUCUCUCAGAUUUUAGUAAAUGCUAUUUUGAAAAACGUUUUUCUGAUGUUUUGUUUUUCUAAUCUGAUAAUGCAUAUUUCACACAUUCUGGUCUUUAACCAAUGGAAAUAAGAGAACUAAAUAAGAGAAGGGAUCUCGGCUCAUUGCAAGCUCCACCUCCCAUGUUCACGCUGGUCUCCUGCUUCAGCCUCCCGAGUAGCUGGGACUACAGGCGCCCACCACCACGCCUGGCUAAUUUAUUAUAUUUUUUUAGUGGAGACGGUGGUUUCACUGUGUUAGCCAGUAUGGCCUCGAUCUCCUGACCUCGUGAUCCACCCGCCUCAGCCUCCCAAAGUGCUGGGAUUACAGGCAUGAGCCACCGUGCCCAGACUUGUGAGGUUUUAAUAUGAAUUAUUAAAGCUGUGCUGGUUAGACAAUUUGGAAAAUGUUUCUUCUCCUAUUUCUGACAGAGUUUAUGUAUAAAGAUGUGUGCUAUUUCUUCCUUAAGCAUUUGGAAAGAAUUCACUUGUUAAGCCAUGUGAGACUGUAGUUUUUUUUAUUAGGUGUUUAAUUACAGGUUCAAUUACAUAUAUAUGACUUCGUUUUGGUAAGCUGUGUUUGCUGAAUCAAUUUGUUCAUUUUAUCUAAAAUUUCAAAGUUGUUCUAUUAUUCAUUUAUCUUUUUAAUACUUAUAAGGUCUGCUGUUAGUCUUUUGUCUGUUGUCUUUUUUUUUUUUUUUUUUUUUUGAGAUGGAGUCUGGCUCUGUCGCCCAGGCUGGAGUGCAGUGGCGCGAUGUCGGCUCACUGCAAACUCUGCCUCCCAGGUUCACGCCAUUUUCCUGCCUCAGCCUCCUGAAUAGCUGGGACUACAGGCACCUGCCACCGCGCCCGGCUAAUUUUUUUUUGUAUUUUUUUAGUAGAGACAGGGUUUCACUGUGUUAGCCAGGAUGGUCUCGGUAUCCUGACCUCGUGAUCUGCCCGCCUCGUCCUCCCAAAGUGCUGGGAUUACAGGCGUGAGCCACCGCGCCUGGCUCUUUUGUUUGUUUUCUUAAUCAAUCUUGCUGGGGGUCAUCAAUUUUAUUAGUGUUUCAAAAAAGCAAACGUUGAUUUUAUUCAUCCCUUUACCAUACCAAAAAUGUUUUGCUUCAUUUCCAAACCUGUAGUUCCACUGUGAUUAAAUAUUUGUAUAACCAAAACUCUUUGGAAUUUGUGUCUUCUCAAUUGAAAAUAUGAUUAAUUUUUAUAAAUAUUGCUUCUGCAUUUGAAAAGCAUAUGUAUUCUGCAUGUUGAGUGUAGUGUACCACGUAUCUCAAUUAGGUCCAGUGUGUUAAAUGCAUCCUUUAAAGAUUCUAUUUGCUUACUGAUGUUUGUCUGUUUAUUUUUCAGUGGCUGAGACACAGAUAUUAAAGUUUCCUACAAUGAUCGUGAACUUA